CAGGCGCGGAGCUCUGAGGAAGAGGAGAGGAUGGAGGAGAGAAAAUGGCAAUGACAGUUUUGUAGGGCAGGCUUUUGCUAAGAGGUGGGGAACGCAAGUGAAGGAAAGAGACAAACGGAAAGUUAUAGGCAAAAAGAAAGUGAGAAUAAAGAGAAGGGUAACGGUGAGAAGAAGUAAAGAGAAGAGACAUAAGGAAAGGAGUUACAGGGAAAAAGAGAGCAACAGAAGCAACACUAGGUUGACGGGUCAUCAUGACGACAGAGGUGGGCUCUGAGACAGAGGUGAAGGAGAAAGCCGAGGAGUCAGCCGCUCAGCCGGACCAAUCAGAGAAGGCCAGGGAAGAAACCCAGGAAGUAGCGAACGCUGAGGGAGAGGAGAAGGAGAAAGAGAAGGAGAAAGAGGGGAAAGAGGGAAAAGGAAUAUCUCGAUACCUGCCAACAUGGCUUAAGAAGCAGAAGUCUCUCCAGACCUCCCCAACCAAGGAGGUCUCAUCCACAGAGGAAGCCGUUAACAAGGUGACACAGGAAGAAGAGGGGCCUGCCCCAGAAGUGAACGGUCACGCAGAGGAAGUGGAAGAGAAAGAGGCAGUGAAGUCUGAGCAAGUGAAGGAAAAAGAAGCAGAAUCUCAUUCCAACGCCAGCGCAGACACUGAGCCUGCCAAGGAAGAGAAGGUGGAAGAGAGUGCUGAGAAAAGUCCUGAGGUGACAACAGAGGGAGAAGGAGCAGAGGAGCAGAAGAAGGAGCAGGAAGGAGAGGUGGAAGGUGUAGAGGAGGGAGGAGGAGGAGAAGGCCAGACCUCAAUUUUCCAGUCUCCUCUUCGCUUGGUUAGGAAGACCAAGAUGAAGCUGGUGGUGUGUCACGUGAACCUCCUGGACGGGACUGACUUCAGCUGUGAGGUGGAGAAACGUGCUAAGGGUCAGUACUUAUUCUUCAAGGUGUGUGAGCACCUCAAUCUACUGGAGAAAGACUACUUUGGUCUGACGUACACAGACAGCCAUGAACAAACGUGUUGGUUGGAUCCCACGAAGGAAAUCAAGAGACAGAUACGCAGUAACAACUGGCAGUUUGCAUUCAAUGUCAAGUUCUACCCUCCAGACCCCUCACUGCUCACUGAAGACAUUACCAGGUACCUGUUGUGUCUGCAGCUUCGUGAAGAUGUGGCUUCUGGACGACUGCCCUGCUCAUUUGUUACUCACGCUCUGCUGGGGUCAUACACACUGCAGGCAGAAUUUGGCGACUAUGAACCCGACCAGCCUCGGCCUCAUGACUACAUUAGUCAGCGGACCUUUGCGCCGAAUCAGAACAAAGAGAUGGAGGAGAAGAUUCUUGAACUCCACAAGUCUCACAGGGGAAUGACACCAGCACAAGCCGACACCCAGUUUCUAGAAAAUGCCAAGAAACUGUCCAUGUAUGGGGUGGACCUGCACCAUGCUAAGGAUUCUGAGGGCGUGGACAUCAUGCUAGGUGUGUGUGCCAAUGGACUCCUGGUUUACAAAGACAGGCUCCGGAUAAAUCGUUUUGCUUGGCCCAAAAUACUCAAGAUUUCAUACAAAAGGAACAACUUCUACAUUAAGAUCCGACCAGGAGAGACGGAGCAGUUUGAGAGCACGGUGGGAUUCAAACUCCAGAAUCAUAGAUCUGCCAAAAGACUGUGGAAAGUCUGUGUGGAGAAUCACAGUUUCUUCAGGUUAAACGCACCAGAACCUCCCACCAAGGCCCGCUUCUUGACUCUGGGCUCUAAGUUCCGUUACAGCGGGCGAACCCAGGCCCAGACCCGUGUGGCCAGCUCCCUCAUAGACCGACCUGCACCCAACUUUGAACGCACCUCGUCCAAACGUAUCAGCCGCAGUCUGGAUGGAGCACCGGUGAUCAGCAUAACUGAGGCCGGCAGGGACACAGCUGAGAACGGACGUGAGCUCCACUCUGACUCUAAGGUUAAGGAGGCGGACUUAAGCCCUGGUGAUGCGGAAGCCACGCCCACCCAGCAGUCUCUCGGAGCCAGUGAGCUUGCCCCCUCUCAGAGUCCAAUGAGAGUGCAUGGGGACAAUAUUUAUGUGAGGCACAGUAAUUUAAUGUUGGAGGACCAUGAUAAGACCCAAGAAGAAGUUCUGAAACAUCAAGCUAGCAUUAGCCAGCUAAAACGCUCCUUUAUGGAGGCGCCACCUCCCUCUCCUCCUCAGCCCAACCAGUGGGAGAAACGUCUCACCUCCUCUCCCGCUACAACGAUACGUAUUCAACAGCAACAAGUGAGCCUUGAAGAGGAGAUAGCUUCUGUACUUUUCAGUAGACACUCUGCCACUGGCUUUUGUUCGGCUGCUACGUUUGCCUGCAGUAUUCCUGAACCAACACUAGAUGCUGUUAUAACCACAUGCUCCUCUACUUCCACUGCUGUCUGCAGUCCUGCUGUACCGCAUGGGCUCCUUAUUUCCCCAACUGCUACUCUCUCUGCAACUGAGGUGAAUGAGCCCCAGACAGAAGCAGCCACCGAUGAUAACGCGAUCUCUGAUACCAAAGAACCUGCAAAGACAACCGAAGUUGAAAUUGAAGAAACCGUUGUCGUCCAAGAGGUUUCCAAAGCACCCAAACCUGGACUUGUCACAGUUACAAUCAGCUCCCCUGUAGAGCAGGAAACAAGGGAGCAGGAAGUGAAAGUCGAAGAGAAAGUAGAGGUGGCAGAGGAAGCAAAAGCAGCAAAGCAAGAGAGCAUCUCAUCUGAGAGUGAGAGUGAAGAAGAAGCGGAGUACCAUCCAAAUGUCUCCAUAUCCAUCUCUCACACACAAAUACCAGAAGAGAAAGAAGAAGAUGAAGAGAAGGAAAAGAAAGAGGAUAAGACGGUGGAGCAUGACGCGCCUGCUACAGAAGCUCCUUCUCUUCCAGCUGAAAUCAGCCAACCCAUAGAGGCAACCAUUCAAGAGGGAGAGGAGUCUAGGAAAGUGGAUGCAGGGGCAGACAAGAAGAACGCAGAGGAGCAGAAUGAUGGCGAAAGGGAGACGGAGGAAAGCACCGAUGAUCCGAUGAUAACACCCGAUGAAGCUCCUAAUGGUUUCACCCUGCCUGAGGAAAGCGUGACUGGGAUGGCUCCCCCUGAAGAGGAAGAGCCUAAAAUGAACGGAGAGGCCUCUUUGGUUGAAGCAGAACCACGGCCGCAGGUUAUUUGUUGCUCUGAGCCACCUGUGGUAAAGACAGAAAUGGUGACUAUAUCAGACACGUUUGCAGCCCAGAAAACUGAGAUAGCCACAAAAGAAGUUCCCAUCGUACAUACGGAAACCAAGACCAUCACAUACGAAGCCGCACAGUUGGAUGGUAAUGGUGAUGGCGAACCUGGAGUGUUGAUGACUGCUCAGACAAUCACCUCUGAAUCUCUGUGUACUACUACAACCACACACAUUACCAAGACGUUAAAAGGUGGCCUAUCGGAGACGAGGAUUGAGAAACGCAUCGUCAUUACUGGCGACUGUGACAUCGACCACGAUGAGGCUCUGGCCCAGGCCAUUAAGGAGGCCAAAGAGCAACAUCCUGACAUGUCUGUUACCAGAGUGGUGGUUCAUAAAGAAACUGAACUGGCUGAGGAGGAGGAUUGACUGAACUCAGAGCUGAAGGGCCCAUCGUGACUGUUUUCUCUUUUGACGUUGAACGACCUCCAUCACCCUACGACGACCAACCUAGACUGACUGAAGAGGAGGAGAAGGAGGAGAAAUGGAGCUGAAAAACAGGAGGGGAAAGGGUAGACGAAUGGAGAGAAGUUGCCAAUCUCUUCCCAGUCGGCCUCUCUCACAUGUCUGUGGUGCAUCUAAAUCCCUCACUCCAAAACCAUGAAAAAGAAAAAUAAUAUCCUCACUCUUUUCUGAGGGAACAAAAAAGAACCACUUUGUUAGCUUAACAAUUGUAGCGUGUUUUUAUUUUUAAUAGUACUUUUUUUUUUUCUUUAACUGUUUGUUUUACAAAAAGAGACAAGAUAGUAUCUGUCAUGCAUUGCAAAAAUAAAAGCUGUAGGGAUGCACUGAAAACCAAUCCUGAUGAGAUACAAUGCUAAAAAAGGAUUAUUGUAUCAUUCUACUGAUUAUUUCACCAGUAAAAGUGACCUUCAGUUACACUGAAAAGUCAAAGCAAAUACUGCUUCUCUUCAUACGUAAAAAGAUACGGUCGAUUUCUCAUACAGAAGGUUUCUCUUAAGUGACUAAAAUGACACUGAAAUGUUGUACUUGGAAUUGGUAUCUGCAGUAGAAAAGCGGUAUUGGUGCAUUCCUAAAACAACAAAAAAAAGAAGUAAUUUAUUAAAUUACAGCUCCCUCCCUCAGUUCAUUAUGAUUUAAAUGGAGAGUAACAUAUAACACAGUAAUUUCAACAUUUUUACAGUAACAAGCAGCACUGCAGGAAACCGGGAGACACUUCUGACCUUCACAGUCGGAUGAAUGGUGGAGCCAGCUGUGUCACAUUAUCACAUUUUGUUACUAAUGAUUACAGAAAACAGGGAGCUGUAACUUAAAAUAUUGCAGUAAGAAAGCAAUCAACCAGGUUUAUGAAUUUUUAUGAUUCUGUCUUUUUUUUCUCUGUAAGUAUAGUUAAUAUUCAUCCACAUUCCUUGUGUGUGACUAGCGGCUGAGUGAGUUUCAUGUUCAGUUCAAUUCACUUUUUACUCUAAGAAGAGAAGGCAUUUUACUAUUUACAGUAGGUGGGGAUGAAAGGAAUCUUAAUGGGGUCAGUGACAUUAAUUAAGCUCCAGAAGCCAAAUGAUGCAGGUGGAAUUAAUUCCUUGUGAUAUAUUUGUAGCUUUUACUGUAUUUUGAGUUUUUACUACAUGGAAAUUGAACUGAAAAUGAACUGACUUUAAAGUUGAUGUAUACAACUUUCUGUACAGUAAAAAUGAAGGUUAUUAGAUGGGAGCAGUAAUGCGGCUUUUCAUUAGCUAAACGCUCUCCCUGGGCCCGCCCACUGUAUGACACUAGCCAUUCCUAUUGGGCCACAGGGAAGCAAGGGAGCAGACUUUUUGAUUGGGAGAGAAGACCAGUAAACUGAAUGAUAAUUGGGAGACAGAGGUGGCGCUCUGCGGUGCCAACUAACAACUUUGGAGUGAAAAAGGUUUUGAACAUUGAUGCUUGUUGGCCUUAAUAUACGGCAUGGGCAAGUUUCACUCCUUUAAUUUUACAUCCUGCAGUCAGUUAAAGACGUUUUAAUAUUCUGAGGACAAUGCUAUUGAAAAAAGAGUUGUGUUACAACCAGCACAGGUACCAGAAUAAGGACAUACAGUCGGAAACAGCUUGAAACCAGAAUUCAGAUUAAUGGAAUUUCUUCCAGUUUGCUAACUCUGCAUCAGCCUGUGUGUCGUCGUAGUUCAGCUUCGUUUCAUUUCCAGACUAGAUGAUACAGACGAAACCUGCUAGAUAUGACGAGAUCUGGGAUUAAAUUCAGCAUGUCUUCACACAGUUUUAUCUUGGAAGAGUAUUUUGAGCGAGUCUAGAUAGAAGGCUACUGUGUUGAUUGGUUUGAGAGUGUGUAGAUAACAGAUAAUCUCGGCUCAUACAGUACGUCUAGAGAAGGUUGUCUCUGGUCUUAUGCUGGCUGUGUUGCAACUGUUUCAACGCCACCAAAUAUUCUUCGGCAUUACCACACAAAAAACAUAAAACUCUGAAUCUGACAGUACACUACAAACCGACAUUGAAACAGUUACAACAUAACGGUAAAAUGCAGCUUAAAGGGAAGUGUAUCCGAGGGUUUGAAGUGCUCUUGAAACCCCUAAAGGACAUAAUGUUUUAUUCAUUUUCUGUGUUUACCCAAAUGUUCAGCAGAACUCCACAAAAAUGUGACUGUGUGUAAAUAUCGGUGGCAUUAGAUGGAUUAGAUCAAGGUGUUUGGUCUAAUGCAUUUAGUUGACACAGAAAACAAAACAAAAAACACCUAUUACUGGAAAUUCAACUGAUUGUAAGCAAAGAAGUGCCACAGAUGAAUAUAAAAACAUUCCACCUGUACCUGCCUAGAUUAGUCUGAUCCCUCCAGUAUGACUGAAGUCAACAGAAUGAUUUAUAGAAGGAGCGAUGAUGACUGUCUAGGCUUUUUUUUAUUGGGAAACACUGGUCUGACCUCUACUAUGCAGAUAAAUUACAUUCCAGAUGAGGGGGAAGCUUUAACCUCUAACCCUCUUGCAAAGAGACAAAGCAGGACAAAAAAAAAAAAGCAUUUAAAAAAUACAAACCGUGCACGACUAGGCAGCUUUGGAGGCUUUCGCUGUUCCAAAAAAACGUAAUACAAUCUUUUAAAAAGCAUCGGUUAUAUCACAACAGCUAUAUUUGUAGAUUUGCUCAGAAUUUGUUGUCUUUUCUCUGUGAUCUAGUUGUUGAAAGGCAGGAUUUAUUGUGUGCCCUGUUGCAUAUUUUAAUAUUGUCACAGUGUUUUUUGACAUUGAUGGAUCACCACUACAAAUCAAAAUUUCUGCCACCAUUUUCUUUUUUUGUACUUGUAUCCCCCAGGUGUAACCUCUUCCCGGGGGCUCUGGGCUCUGUUUUAACCAAUCACAGGAGCUUUGGGGGGACUGCAAGGUCUGGUUUUCCAAAAAAAAAUAUUUAUUUGAGUUUACUCAAUCACAAAUUAUAUGUCUUGCCAUCAGCAACUUUUAAGAAAAUAACCCCAGCACAAACAGAGUUGGAUUGUUGUUCUGUGGUUACCACGACAACUCCAUAAUGUACUCAUAGCAACUGAUGAUGAUUCUACGCCAGCGGAGUUUAAAACUGUCAGGGAUCUCAACAUGGCAACAUUAUGGAGGGCAGCAGUACACAGAAAAAGCAACAAAUUAAAUAAAAAUACUGCCAUUAGAUUCAAUCUAAUUCAUACAGUAACAUCUCUUUCUAUAUGAGGCUGAUGAGAUUAUAAUUGGACUACAUGCGUUACAGUUGUAUCUCAGGCUUUGUACCACACUUGGGACAUAUUUGGAAUUAAUACCAGCACAAUUUUGUAUUUUAAUGUUUAAAAAUUCACUUGCAACAGAACUUUGUAAACAGCUUUUGGAAAACCAGCCACAGCUGCCUCAUCGUUCCCUCCACCAAUGAUCACCAGUAGGGUUUUUCUAUCUAGCAGCUUAAUUGUCUUGUGUCUCCCCACACGCAGCCACUCCUCCCCUGUGUAACACUGUUUAAAUAAAGGAUUGUUAUACUCUGAAA